AGCGAGUUCAGUUCAGGUGCAAAGAUCCUCGAUUGAGGACGCGACAGUCCUGAUAAUCGGGACACUAUGACAGGCGGCGAGGGGUCCCCGGUCAAUCUCCUCAACCACUGUAACAUGAACACCUCCGGGGAGUACGCGUACAGUGACGAAGAUGAGAAGACUGCGGACACCUUAUAUAGCACCAUGAAGCAGAUGACGACUGACCUCCCGGGUAAGGGGCUUAGACGGAGGAAGGUCAUGCACGCGGCCAAAGAAACUUUCGACAAGGCAUCGCGUCUCCUCAGACGAAAGAUACCAUGUACUGGCCACUUGAUGACCCCCCGCCGCCUAUGGAUACAAAAGGUUCCAACACAGGAAUGCGACGUCGUGAUGAUGUUCCCAAGUGGAGCGAGCGACGAAACUCUGAUGUGGCUCCUACGUAGACUACGGGCUGGAACCCCGGGCCUAGUGGUACACGUACGACAUCAUGCUUCAUCAGACAGUUACGGGUUCUACUUAACAGCCCCUUUUAGCGUAUUAUUGAAAGCCGCUGAAGAAGUACAUUUGCCAAAGACGCUACGCCAGGAGUUUGGCGGUGGUCUGAAAGAGUUCGUGGGCUCCGAGGCGAGCUGCUUCGAGGGGAACGACGACGAAGCUCAAUUCUUUACCACCCAGGAACGACAGUCCCUGGUCCUGCACCUGCUGCACACCCUCAGAGCGGGACCGCAGGAUCUCCACAGUCUGCCUGGCCUCAAGAUGGUGGAAGGACAGGCAAUCAUUCCGAAAUGCAUUUCUUCGGGGAUCAUUUCGCAGGUCUUCCCUCUUCACGAGUUGCCUGCUCUGGAGAAGUUACAGCGAACGUGGGUACGCGCGUUUCUCAGCCCUCAACCCUUGGACGACAUUUGUAAAUACUUUGGGGUGAAGAUUACCAUGUACUUCGCGUGGCUCGGACAUUACACCACCGCUCUGAUCGUCCCUGCUGCAUUGGGUGCCAUAUAUUGGAUCGGCAUCAUCGGCAGGAAUCAAGCGGUGGAAGACGUGGCGUACGUUCUGUUCUCCGUCUUCAACGUAAUCUGGGCCACGGUUUAUCUGGAAACCUGGAAGAGGAGAGGCGCCGAAUUGGCCUACAGGUGGGGUACUUUGGAUCAAAGAGACGACCUACUUAUCGAGCCUAGGCCCUUGUUCACGGGCACCUUGGAAAUCUCACCUGUAACUGGAAGACUGGAGCCAACGUACCCCAGGUGGAAGAGAAAUAUGUGUCGAUACUUGUUGAGCGUUCCAAUAAUUGCAGCAUGUUUGUUCUUCGUUUUCAUCGUGAUGAUCUGGAGCUUCCAAAUACAGGAAUGGUGGGACGCUCGUCUGGAGUCCGCUGGAUACGGGUUUUGGCUGAGCUACAUGCCAAAAAUUUUGCUCGCCGUGGUGAUAACGUUAAUGGACGAGGCUUACUUCAAAGUCGCCGUAUGGUUGAACGACAUGGAAAACUAUCGGCUAGACACCGAGUACGAGAAUCAUCUGAUCUACAAGGUGGCACUGUUUCAGUUUGUAAACUCCUUCCUAUCGCUAUUUUACAUCGCCUUCUACAUACAAGAUCAAGAGAGGCUGAAAGAGCAACUGGCCGCUCUGCUGAUAGCUCGGCAAGUGAUCGGGAAUCUGAAAGAAUCCGCGGUGCCGUACCUGAUCGAGCAGCUUCGUUUGGCGCGCAUGAGCUUCGUGCUCUUCGGCGCCCUGAGCCCGAGCGAGGACAGACCGCCUCCAGGUGAAGAGAACGACGAGAACCGGAAGGAGUCCGAGGACAAGAGCGAACGAUCGGAUGGCGGGAAGGGCAAGCAGCCGAGAAACGUCAGCCAGGCAGAGCUUGAAAGUUCCCUCUACAGAGUAGGGCAUCCCACUAAUUCUCUACUUAGUGACGUUACGUUCAAGUACGACGGGGCGUUUUCAGAGCAUCUGGAAAUGCUAUCGCAACUCGGAUACGUCUGCCUAUUCUCUUCGGCGUUCCCAUUGGCUGCCAUGGCUGCGUUGCUCGGUAAUCUCCUCGAGCUGCGCGGCGAUGCUUUCAAGCUUUGCUUCGUCCUCCAGCGGCCCUUUGGCCGGAGGGUCUCCAACAUCGGAACUUGGCAAAACGCUAUGGAGGCGAUGGGUCUGGUUGCGAUUCUGGUGAAUUGCGCGCUGAUAGGACUGAGUGGCCAGGUGCAGAGAAUGUUUCCAGAGAUGUCGGCUACUCAGACGAUCCUCUUGAUAGUCGCCUUGGAGCACAUCAUGCUGGCGAUACGGUUUAUUAUAAUCUGCGCGAUCCCCGACAUUCCGCACUGGGUGGCCACCGAAAUGGCCAAGGUGGAGUUCUUGAGGAGGGAGGCUGUCAGAAGGCUCUCCUCGACUCCGUCGCCGGAGCAGCAGCCGGUCACGGUGAUAGGGAGAUUCGUGGUGAGUCCAGCAGACGGUGAGACGGAAGAGCAACAGCUGCUUUCCGAACGUUCCGGCGACGCGACGACGCCCAGCCUCCCGGACACGCUGACCCUGACGUCUACCACCCAGACGCCCAGCAGCCCUCCGACGCCCAGCGUCGCGUCGGUGCCGAGAAUCUCCGAGACACCGUCCGCGGUUCAGACCCCUGGCAGCGCGUCCAGCAGCGACAUAGGUACUCCUUUCCUGACUGAAACUAACAUGGGCAGCAUUCGCGACCUUCACAAUUCACCCAGAUGCUCGAUUCCUGGCGGAGAACGAGGUAGACGUUCGAGAGACUGGUUAACGAGCGAACCAGAGGCGUCGGGAGGUGCCGAUCACUACAGCCAUCAUUUAACGAUCGGACCUCACGGAGGUGUGGACUGGGUCAGGAGGUUAGGUCUGGAGCCUGGAGGCCGGAAGUCCAGCGACUCUGAGAUCAGCGGAGCUGGUACCGUUGGCGGAAGCGGAGACGAGGCGAUUCAUCUUCACCGAUCCACCGAUUGCAUCGUCUCGAAAGAUCUUGCUUCUUCGUCGGACAGCGACCUCCUCAGGUCUGCUCCGCCGUGGACGAUGGCGCACAGGAACCAAAAGUUCCGGUUUUCGCCAGAGAGGGAGAAGGAGCGAGAAAAGUCGGAGAAACAGCAGUACCAACUCCAUCAACGUGAGAUAUACGAGCACAGACAGCAACAGGCGAUGCAACAAGCGGAAAAAGAGAAAGAGAAAGAGAAAGAGAAAGAGAAAGAGAAAGAGAAAGAAAAAGAAAAAGAGAAAGAGGCGGCAGCUCAAUCGAGCUCCAGCAAGCCAAACUCCAGCCAAGAAGAGGACAAGUCGAACAAGGAGGAUCGGCAGGCCAAGAAGAGGAGGAUGAAGGAGACCCUGGUGAAGAGGGCCAGGUCCGUGGCCGUGUUCUCGUUGAAGCUGAAGGAGCACAGGAGCAAAGCGGAAAAGGCAGCGCAUAAAGCGGAGGAGGCCGCGCUUAGAGAAGAAGAGGGCAGGUGGCACCAAUCGCCCACCUGCGUCGGCGGCGAGCUCUCCUGCAUCCCCAUAGAGAAGCUUAUAUCCGUGGAUGACAUCGCAGCCUUGGAACAACGCAGACAUAAUCAUUAGCCGCUUGACGUUUCACUUCCGUUUCACACGCUACGUAGAAACAUUCGUCUACGCCAGUGAUACUCGCUACGGAACGAAUGUUGCAGUGGCGUAACCAGCAAUUCCGGAGGGAGAAGGUGACUUUUCGGCGGAAAUGUUCGAUCCCACCCCCCCCUCCGUGUCGUGUUUAAUCUUAGGCAAAGAUGAAGUGGUAUUUUUAAUUUUUCAAGGAUACGAUGAUACCAACAAAACUUGUAAAGCAAUAAGUGUUAGAUUAAACGAAAAAUUUUUGUAUGAAAAUGUUUCUGGUAACGACGAUUAUGGAACUUCCCCUUGUAUUCGCUGUUUAUUAAAGAGCUUCUAUCUACCAGAGAGAGAGAGA